GUCACAUUUCUGUUUCCUAUUUAAUUAAAGAAAUGUGUGGAUCACGUUAGUUAAGCCUGCACUUCCAUGGGCCCCUCUUCUGCUGCAUAUCGUGCUGGUGGCGAUGGUGGCGGUGGCCGCCGCUCAGGAGGACCUGGCGCCCGUGCCGUACGUGGCUGGCAGCGACAGGGAUGCCGAGAUUAUCAAGAACGAAUUCAGCAUGGAUGAGGCGGGUGGCUUCAUAGCCGACAUGGAAACGUCCAACUCGAUUCAGCAGUCGGCCACCGGCACCAGCUACCCGGGCAGCGAGCCCGAGACUGGCAGCUACGCCAUGAGCGGCUCCUACUCGUACGUCUCGCCCGAGGGCCGGACCAUCACCGUGACGUGGACGGCCGACGAGAACGGCUACGUGGCCGAGUCGGACGCCAUCCCCCAGUUGUCGGCCGGGCAGCAGGCGGCUAUUGAUGCCUCCGUCGCCGCUGCACCGGCCGAUGAUUUCGUCUUGUAGAUUUGGGCUGCAAGCCUCGCCUCUCCUCACCGCUCACCUACGUCCGUCUUGACCAGGAAGUCCUCGUCUGGGAGAGAUCGCCCGGGCGCGCCGUGUCCGCGCACUCUCUGUAUAUAUGUCAUCCGUGAACACAAGCAACAGUGAGUGCAUAUGUCGGGUGUUCGCCAAUAUACCGUCCUCUUAUCUGC